UCGUCUUUUUUCUACUUCACAUCACCUUGGCCCCAGCGCUAAGAAAUUUGAUGACGACAAAGGCACGAGUUGAAAACGUCUCUCGGUGCCAGGGGACCUGGGCAACAGAAUCAUGCAUAAGGCCCAUCACCAACAAAUCAGUCAAAAAUAAUUCGGAAACGAAAGUUCGGAAAUAAAAGCUCGGGCAACCAAAACGAUAACUGAGCUGUACAUAUCCCUUUGCAAAUGAAAUUAAAAUACAGUACUAGAGAUGAAAACGAACGUCGAGUAAACCAACAUGACCUCCCAUCAGUCUUGGCUAUCGGACAAAUUACCCGAGAUAGAUUCCAACAUCCUGUGCCAGGAAUACCAUUAUCGCCAUCAACUCCAGUAAUCCACGAAAUCCAGCGACGAAGGUCGGACACUCUGCGGGCGCUCGCGGAAGCGCGCCCAUGCACACUCGAAACAGGAACUCUUAGCGCGCAAAGUUCCCCCUUUAACAGCGCCUCUCGGAUGCAAAUAGGGCACACUCAACUAAACUGCAAGAAAAAAAAAAAAAGAAAAAAAACGCAACGUAAUGAAAAGUAGGAAACACGUCGACGGCCCUCGGCGAGGCAAUGGGGUGAGGAGCUGAUCCCGGCCAAUCUCCCUCUCGCAUAUCGUAAGCGGCCAACCCUCCAUUUAAGGAACAGGGCUGUUGUGUUGUCAUGCCGACGACAUGAAUGGCCGGUCGGCUCCAAAGAGGCCCUCGCGGCGCGCUCUGCAAGGUGCCGCCGAAGAAGCCCGUGGGCGCUCCCUCCCUCUGGCACGUGCACUGGUCCCCGCACGCGAGUACUCCGGCGCGCCAACGCAGCGCCCGCCGCCGCCGUUCGCAGUUGCACCCGUCUUGCUCGCCGACGUCGGCCGCAUCUCCCGGGAUCGGCACUAUUUCGAGUCCCGUACACAAACAGACACCCACCGCCGGAGCUGAGUCAGGGCCGCGGUGACGUCCUUCCACGUCAGAACACAGGCGCCGCUAGUCCACGCGCGGAGCCAGGCACCCCCUUUUAAAAAGAUUAUUUUUUGAGGGGGCGAGAGAGAGGUCCUUCAGACGCGCAAGAGAGUAGCAGACAGGCAGGCAGGCAUUCCCCGAGGCACCCACCACAACCGAGGCGACAUCAUGAAGUUCGCCGUUACGGUAACUUCGGUCCUCCUGGGCUGUCUCCUGACCACUGGUGGUUCUUGGGCAUGUUCCUGCAUGAGGUUCCACCCGCAGGAACACUACUGCACCGCUGAUUUUGUGGCGCUGGUGGGCGUGACCAACUCCAAGGGAAGCGGCGUCCCGAGCCCCCUGGCCCCGCGCAGCCACGGCAUCGAGCUGCUGCGCCUGUUCCGCGGCGGCCCCAAGGCCAUGUGGGCCCUGGCAGAGGGACUGCUCUGGACGCCCGGCAACGACGGGCUCUGCGGCGUCUCGCUCCACGAGAACGUCCGCUACCUCGUCACCGGCUCGCUGCAUGGCGCCAAGCCCUGGGUGUCGGCGUGCGGGUUCGUGCGGCCGUGGAACUCGCUGACUCGCAAGCAGCGCAAGGGCUUCCAGAGACUCUACCAGCAGGGAUGCCGCUGCUCGGUCCGUCUCCAGCCCGGACCGAACACGCAGUGUGAGUGGGAAACCGCCUUCAGGGGCGUCGAGGACUGUCAGGAGCAGUACGCCAUGUGUGUGCCCCAGGCCAACAGCGGGUGCACUUGGCUCGGAGGAACCCCUUACAGGAACUGCCUGAAACGCAACAGUGCGGCUUUGGUCGAACGAGAGGAACCGUGAAGCCAUCUGUGACCCCAGCAGCAGCCUCAAGCGUACAAACGAUACCUGUACAUAAUGUACAUAGCACGCUCCAACUUGCCCCCCCCCCCCCCCCCCCCCCCCCCCAGAUGAAAAUCUUUCUUGCUCAUAUUCAAGAAAAUAAAGCCUUCUUUUUUCACGCUCCUC